AUGUUGUAUUUUUUGGCGUUGAUCCCAUUGACAGCCGCGAAUUUUGGGGGACUUUUCGGUGGUGGUGGAUGCGGUUGUGGUUUAUCCCUACCACCUCCUCCAUCACUUUGUCUUCCUCCACCACCUCCAAUGCCAUGUCUUCCACCACCUCCACCUCCAUGUGGAUGUCUUCCACCAAUUAGACUUCCAUCCUUGUGUCUUCCAUCACUUCCAUCACUUCCAUCACCGUGUGGAUGCGGUAGAAAGAAAAGAUCUGCAUCCAUUGUUAAAUCAUCAACCGAUUCCCAAUGCAACAGCCCACUCGCGGAAGUGAUUUUGGCUAAGCAUCUUGACACAAUCACUGAUUUCACAAAAAUGUCAGAAGUGACAGCUCCUCUACAUAGUGAAUUGAAUGGCCGAACGGGUGGGAAAUGGCUUGUGAUUUGUGGAGACAAUACACAACAACCAGCUGUUUGGAGGGGAGAAAUGAGCCAAUUCUGUUCGGUGACCCACAAGAGAACUACCUGUCAUGCCUUUCAAAUGGAC